AGGGACUACACCCAGAGUGCCGUACAGCCGGGACUCUUUACUGCUCAAACUCACAUUAGAGAAGGGGGCGUGCGGGACUUACAAAUAUACGGUAACCACAAACUGAGACCGCACAAGACUGUUAGUCCCGUCUUUUCAGAGCUAGCGUGAAAGCGUUUGAAAUCAGAAGGCAAAUAUGUCGUCAUGGCAGAGCUACGUGGAUAACCUAAUGUCGGAUGGCAGCUGCCAGGACUCCGCCAUUGUUGGGUGCAACUCGGACUCUAAAUACGUGUGGGCAGCGCAGGAGGGGGGAACGUUCAUUAACAUCACGCCAACAGAAAUCGAUGUCCUAGUAGGGAAAGACCGAGAAAGUUUCUUCACCAAUGGCCUAACCUUAGGUUCAAAGAAGUGCUCGGUUAUCCGAGACAGUCUUCUAGUCGACAAUGAUUGGACAAUGGACAUAAGGACAAAGAGUCAAGGAGGAGAGCCAACAUACAACAUUACUGUCGGUAAAGCUGCCAAAGCAUUGGUUAUAGUCAUGGGCAAGGAAGGUACCCAUGGAGGGCUGCUCAACAAGAAAGCGUAUCAAAUGGCUGAAUACCUGAGGAAAUCUGGAUAUUAAGACACCUGCCCACCUAGCUGCUCAUUCUUACCAACACUAACCUUUCUAGAUGAGAUUUGCUUCAUCUAUUUGUUUUCAACUCUAUUUCCUUUUUUGUUCUACCCAAACCCAUCCUUUCCCCAAUUUCUUUAUAACCCCAUCCCAUAUGUCAAUUUAAUUUGUUCAGUCCCAUUUUGGCACUACGAUUCCAUUACUAAACAUGACGCAUUUAAGACAAAAUGUAAGUGUGAAGACCUCAUGUCUCAUUUCUACUUAUUCAUGAGAAGAAAACAAAGUUUUUGGGUGUUUAGUUUAUUACCAAGGGCUUGAGCUAAACUCAAAUUCCCUUUCCUAGGUCAAAUCUGGGAAAGGUCAGCUGUAUGCCUAUCUUCGAGCCUACCGAAUGGACCUUAGUCAGGAUGGGUGGCAUUUUUAAUAGACAAGCGGCAUUUUUAUUAACGUCAAAUUAAGUAUUCCAUCUGCGCUAAAAAAUGUCCAUUUCUUUAUUUUUCUUUAACCCAAAGUUUGUCAUCAUUGACGCUUCAACUCUAACUAGAUGCGACACUUCCUGAAUGACGGAUUCGUAUUCUUUCCCUUUGUCGCACUAACAUUCAUGGAGUGGGAGGUCAAGCUCUUAAAUAGAUGGCGGUCCGCUAAGUGCAGUAAUUUUUGGGCUGCAGGUAGCAUUUUCUCCCAUCAACCCCACUAUUGAAUGUUCAUGAACAUUCUGUCAUUGAACUUAUUUUGCUAGCUUAUGUAAUAUUUUUUUUUUUUUUUUUUUUUUUUUUUUUUAAUUUUCAAGACAGUGGGUAUCCCGGUGUAAGCGCUUGGAGUAUACAGCUUGAGUUCUUUUCAAUUGGACCAAUUUUCAUCAUUGCUUGGGUUAUUUACACACUACAUUGACCAACAAAACACUAGCAUCUGGUUGCAAAUAAGACUUGGGUCUUGUUUUGUCAGCUCUUUCAACACUCGAUUUGAAUUUAACCCAUGUUAUGUCUUAAUUGUGGGAUAAAUUGCCUUCGAGUCAUCAGUGAUACAACUGUCUGUCAAAACUUAAUGUUUAUCAAGUCCAAAUGUUAAGUAUGUCACUCUAAUCAUAAUGUGUAUUCUGUGCCAUAAUGUAGUGAGAAUCUGUUGCUAUUGCUUCAAACAGCUUCCCAAAUGAUUCAAUCAGUUCUUUGUUCAGGGGUUUUUAGUAUCUACAAAAGUUCUGGCCUUGUGGGAUAUUUGUACAGGUUCAAAACCUCUUGACUAGUUCAUUUCUUGUUUCCCUGUACUCUUUUUCAUACAUCUUGGAUACAGUCUGAAAUGUCUGAUUUCAUAUGCAUAAACCAAGAAAUGCCAUAAAUUAAUUUCACCACCUUGUUUACAGACAAAUUAAAUAAAUCUAUUCCAACCAAA